GCAGAGGCAUUUGAGUCAAGGCACACGUGCCUCAGCUGUGAGAGGCCCUACUCCCCUUGGCUGGCUGGCAUCCCAGAGCAGAGGCAGAGAGAGACUGAGAAGGCUGAGAGCGUGAGACUGAGGGUGAAGUGAAAGUGUGAACGUAAAGUAGACUAGGCAGAGGAAAAGAAGGUGGCGAGACAUUUUUCCGGGAGAGACAAAAAGAAAGAGAAUCGGGGACUGGGUGCUGUGCAGCGUGGCUCCUGCGAGUUGUUCUUCAGUCGUGUAUUUUUAACUGUCGUGGGUGUGCAGCCAGUUUGUAUUUGGAGCCGACAGCCAUGGCGAGCACAGGUGUCAAGAAGGAGCACAUAGCUUUAGAAGAAGUGCCCUAUGAUGAUGACGAGGUAGCUCUGGUGGGUGCUGCCACGGAGCCGGCAGUAGAUGACGACGAGCCCGCUGAGGAGGUGGACCCGGUGCUGGCCACCGGCCCCGGAGGCAAGAGUGAAGCGCAGAUGAACGGGGUCAUGGUCCUGUCUCUGCUGGACAAGAUCAUCGGGGUGGUCGACCAGAUCCAACAGACCCAGAAUGGGCUCGAGGCCCGGCAGGAGUCCAUGGAGAAGUCCGUGUCAAUCAUCCACGGGGAGCUGGCUAAGUUGUCCAAGAACCACCUGGGCACGGCCAACACUGUCAACAAAAUGCUGGACAAGAUACGCAAGAUCAGCGUCAACGUGAAGACGGUGCGCAGCAGCCUGGAGAAGCAGGCGGGCCAGAUCAAGAAGCUGGAGAGCAACGAGAACGAGCUGCUCAAGAGACGCAACAUCAAAGUCCUCAUCUUCCAGGACAAAACGAAGCCACCGAAGACCAAAGAAGCAGAGCCAGUGGUGGAAGGCCAAGCCGUGGAGGGCCUUGAGCAGAUACCCGAGGGACCAGAGGGAGUCCCAGACAAUCUCAAUUCAGAUGCGGAGGUGGAGAUUGAGGAGAUUAUCGAAGAGUCUCGUACUAAGCGGAUCCAGCGCACCACCAAGCAGCAGGUGGACAACAUAAAGAAAGCCUUCUCCAAAGAGAAAAUGGAGCAGACCAAAUUGAAGACAAAGGAGAAUUUGGAGAAGACCAAAUUGAAGACAAAGGAGAAUUUGGAGAAGACCAGGCAGAAAACCCGCGACAAUCUGGAGAAGACACGACAAAGGACCCGCGACAACCUGGAGAAAACCAAGAUCAGCCUGGGGAAGAAGAUGGGCAAGCUGGGGACCCGCAUGACCCCCAACAUUGAGCGCAGGGCGAAGAUGAAGAGCUCCAAAGAGAAGGCCACAAAGUCCCUCUCUCCCGACCACACCGUCUACGCUCGCUCCAAGUCCACCGUGUACCGCGUGCCCCCCUUCACCUUCCACGUGAAGAAGAUCCGAGAAGGGGAGGUGGAGGUGCUGCAGAGCACGGAGAUGGAGGAGGUGGAGGUGGUGACCGAGGACGAGGGCCAGCCGGGCGGAGAGGAGAACGGGCUGGGGCUGCACGUGGAGGUGGAAGAAGGAGAGCUGGUGAGCGUAGACGACCCGGAGAUGGAGGAUCUGUUGGAGGUGACCGAGGACUGUCAGCUGGUCAGGGUGGAGGCAGACCAUCUAAAGAAGGCCCAGAGCGAGUAGGGGUCAGCUCCACGGGGCUGUGGAGGCAGAGAUGCGGGGGCAACGGAGUCGGAUCAGAAGGACACACUAUGAGCCGUCGGGAACUUUCUAGACGUGAUCACAAUCCAUGACAUCACAUUUGUUUUCUCUUCUCUUUUUACUGUACCCAACACGGGAUGACUUUCAUAUUUUCUUCUCUUCAGCACACAAAUAAGAAAAACAUAAACAAAGCUAGCUUUUUGAAACAUGCUGCACGCUGGUUAUGUUAAGGCGAUUGUCCGUUUGUUGUUGGUUUGAUCAAUUGAGAGGCUAUAAAAUUUAAAAAAGGUUAUAAAUAGUCUUUGCUAUUGAGGAUGUAAUGUAUAAUCUAAUAUUUGCCAUGUAUGAUAUGCACAUUAAUAGGUAUGGUGACGGCAAAUUGUUGGCUGGAUGGUUUUAGUAAUAUAAUAUGUUCGGGUGAAACAAAGAAAAUGAAAAAGUAAGUGGUAAAGUGGGAGGCCUAUUGAAGAAAUACAUAUCUAUGGCAUAAAGGUUAUUUACUGUCAAUCACUCAGUCACUGUGCCAAAUGUAUCAAUAUAAUGUAAAUGACUGAAAAUAGACACGUGCUGUCUGAAAAACUAUAUUGGGAACAUCAAAACACUGACAAAUUAUAAACAUGCACAGAUAGCAUAGCAAUAACCAGCAAACGUUACUGUUGUGAACGAUCCCUUCAAGACGUCGUGUUUGACCUUCUUCAUGACGCGGCUGAAAGUCAGAUCCUUUAUCGACAUGUUUUGGGCUUUGGUUAAAAGAUGGUGGAUUAUGAUACCUCUGCCCGAUUCUGGAUCACUCAUUAACAUAUCAGCUAUAUAUUAUAAUGAAAUACUAAAAGCUGAUAUCAAUGAGACGUUUCUAUCUUUUUACAACGCAUGCAUCACAAACAUGAUCAUCAUCAUUCACUGGAAUGUGUUGGUGUGUACUCGCCGUGAUUUCAUGUGUUGCAUCCGGACGUCCUGUACUCGCCAACUUGCACCCUGUCGCCAUGGUCACAGCUCAUCACGGUGCACGUGCACGUGCACGCCCCCGGCACACAGACCAGAGGUGGUUUGAAGAGCAAGAGGACAGUUUAAUGGCCGACUACGUAACACGAGGAGACGCCAGCGUCAUCCUGAAUGUCUUCUUUGUGAGACGACACACAGUCAAGUAUUGGGAAUUUGCAGAGAUGCAAUCUUGUGUACGUCCUCUGAUGUGUUGAAGGAAUGUCCAUACUGGUGCAAAGAGCUGUCUGACCAUGAUUGUAAGCAAACCAACAAGGUGAGUGUUGAGAGUUGGAGGAAGCUACAACAAUUGGAUAGUAAAGUGAAGUAAAGUGGCAAUAAGUGCCACCUUUGAUCAGGAAAGCACAAAGGGUUCCAGAAGAAGGAUGUGGCUUUCAUUUUGGUCCUCAGAGACUGUGUGCGUGCUUGAUGUGGUGCAGGCACGCCCAUAGUGGAGCAUGGAGAAGCAUUAAAAUAAUCAAUGGGCGGGGGAAUGCAAUUAAGGAGAGUGCUGCCUCAGAGCACUGGGCGGGAUAGAGAACAGGAAGAAGAACAGAGAAAAGGCGUGUGUGUCGUCGUGAAGAGUAAGUAUGUGUAUAUCAUAUAACCACACUUAUAUCUCCAUGUUUAUACCAGCGUCCCAUGCACACUUUCAAGUGGUAAAUAAAACAAUUACAGGCAUGUGACAUCCCAAAAGUAUUGUAAUAGUAUGCAGUACAUCCAUUAUAUCCUUUUGGUAUUUGUUUUGAUAAAAACACGUGCAUCGUUUUGCACAUCGAACAUCAUAACACUUGAAAGAUAUUAGUCCCUUUGAAAAAAGAAAUAAGUUUUUUUGCCACCAUGUGUAUUUUGCCUUUGUCUUGACCGACAGCUAUAAGCAGAGUCUAGUUUAUACAGAGACGUUGUCAUUUAAAAAGAAAGAAUUGAAAGAAUUGCUCUUGGUGUUAUUGAUGCAUACUCAAUUGAUGAAGCUUGCCUUUUAUUGUGUGUUUGAGGCCUCUUUUGCCACUUCAAUAUUAAUAAAAGCUUACUGAUAAUAUUUAUAUAUAUAUUGCCUUUUAUUUUAUUUUUCUCGAAUUUUAUAAACAUCUUAUGAACCUGAA